AUGACAUCGACGCUCGCUCACAGAGCACCGCCUAGUCUUGUUUCCUCGCCAUCUCGCUCUCCCUCACCUCACUCUCUUCCACCACCCCCGAGAGAGAGAGCACCCCCGCCUCCCUUCUUCGUCCCCCCAGGCCCACGGCCACCCCGCUUCCUUUCGGCCCUCGGCCUCCGUCCCCCGUCUUCCGCCAUGUUCGCCAUCGCCAGAGCCUCGGCCGCCUCCUCCAAGGCUGGCCUCGCUCGUUCCAACGCUCUCGCACCCCGGUUCUUCUAUGCUGCCGCCGCCACCACGGCUUCCCCGGCUCUUGUUCUUGGUCUCCGCCCCGUCCUCCGCGCCUACUCUACUCAGACUACUACCACCACUACGACUACUACUACGACCCCGCCUGCUUCCAACGAAAAGGCUGCCCCUGCCACGGAUGCGGCCAAGGCCGCCGCUGCCGCCAACCCGACUCCCGAGUCCAAGGAGGUCACUCCGGAGCUCAAGGAGACCGGUGUUGCCGCCGUGAAGAAGGAGAAGCCUUCUGGUCCCUUCCUCAAGCGUGCUUGGGCUGUUGUUAAGAAGGAGGCGGCUCAUUACUGGGCCGGCACCAAGCUUCUCGGCUCGGAGAUCAAGAUCUCCUCCAAGCUUCAGUGGAAGGUUCUCAACGGUGGCUCUCUCACCCGCCGUGAGCGCCGUCAGCUUCUGCUUCCCGUUGCCCUCAAGCUCUUCCCUAACAUGCUCCCCUCCACCUUCGAGGGUCAGCUCGCCAAGGACGAGAAGGAGCGCAAGCUGCUCCGUAUCCGUAUCGAGAUGGCCAAGUUCCUCCAGGAGACUGUCACGGACUCUGGCCUGAAGUCUGACCGUGUCCUUGAGAGCGACGAGUUCAAGCAGUUCUUCCGCAAGGUCCGUACCACUGGCGAGAACCCUUCGCCGGAGGACGUUAUCCGCGUCGCCAAGCUGUUCAACAACGACAUCACUCUCGACAACUUGACCCGUCCCCAGCUCGUCUCGAUGUGCAAGUACAUGAACAUCCACGCCUUCGGUACCGACAACUUCCUGAAGCACCAGAUCAACAACCGUCUCGAAAAGAUUCGUGCCGACGACAUGAUGAUUCACGCCGAGGGCAUUGACUCGCUGUCUAUCCCCGAGAUCACCUCUGCCUGUCAGUCGCGUGGUAUCCGUGUCACCGGUGUUUCGCCUGCUCGUCUCCGCGAGGAGCUCGCCCAGUGGGUUGACCUGCACUACACGAACGGUAUCUCCGGUGUUCUUCUGAUUCUCUCGCGUGCCUUCAACUUCGAGAACAAGGGAGAGGACGUCAUGACUUCGCUGGUUACUACUCUUGGUUCGCUUCCCGACCCGCUUAUCGACGAGGCCGAGCUCUCGGUCGCCGACGAGAAGGACUACAAGCAGAAGCUCACUGUGCUCGAGCAGCAACAGGAGCUCAUCGAUGACGAGGCCGAGCAGGAGCAGGAGGAGCGCGAGGCGCGCAACGCCAAGCGUGCUCAGCAGGAGGCUGCCGAGGCCGAGAAGGAGAAGGAGAAGGCUCUCCAGGCUGCCGCCGCCGACGCUCACGCCACGACUUCCGACUCCAAGAUCUCCGCCGAGGCUUCCGCUCUGUCCACCGACGCUACUGGCGCCCACCCCUCUGGCGCGCAGGCCAGCACUGCUCACCCUGGUGCUUCCGUUGCCGCCCAGCCGCCGACGCCCGAGAAGCCCUCUGUCGAGGAUGCCAAGAUGACGAAGGAGCAGAUUGGCGAGCUCGCCGAGGCUCUGUCGCUGUUCACCGCCAAGUCGUCGAUCGAGAAGGAGCGUCACGAGCUCAAGGAGAUUCUCGAGGACAACCUGCUCUCCGAGGCCGAGUCGAAGGAGCACCCCGAGGAGGUGGACGCCAAGGUGAUCGCCGUGUCCAAGAAGGUGCGCUCGAUGAUCAAGAAGAUCGACGCGCAGUUGGAGAAGUACGACGAGCGCGUCGGCAACAGCCUAAACCUGAUCCACACGAAUGCGCGCGGCGAGAUCUUCGUGCACGACCUGCAGGCCGCUCUGCGUGCGAUCAAGCACGCGCCGCCCGAGGAGCUCGUCGAGAGCCUCUCAAAGAAGCUCGACCCGGAUGGAGACGGCCUCGUGCCGCUCGACCACGUGCUCGAGCUCGCGUCGCACGACGACGGUCUCGGCCUCGGCGUCUUCCUCGACGACGAGGCGUCCAACCUCCUCAAGAAGGGAGACGAGUUCCGCCACUCGACAGACGUCAAGGACGUCAAGAGCCUCGGAAAGGAGCUCAAGCCCAACCGCAAGGACAUUAUCCAAGAAGAGUAA